AUGAAUGACUCUGAAAAUGAAGACUUAAUGAAUGACUUCUCUGGCUUCAGAGACAAUAAUGAAACUAAAAGGUUAUUUGAAAAGCAACAAAAAGAACAAUGUAAAAGACCACAUGGAAGGCUCACGAAAGCACUUGAAUCAACGUCAAUUCUUCUCACAGACAGAACAGAGAACCUUCUGAGAUAUGAUCCAGAUAUUAAUACUAUAGAUCAGUCUGCUGAAAAUGAUUUUUUAUUAGAAAAUAAUGAAAUUGAGGAAAUAGUUGCUAAAUUAUCAGAUAAAAGUUCAUAUAUGCCAGAGACAGCUCACACUACAAUAACAUAUCUACAACUAAUCAAUGAGCCUGCUGCUACAGAAGAAAUACUUAAUGAUGAGAAGAUCAUUUCUAUAAUUCAAGCUGAUGAAAAUGAAAAAUUAGUUGAACAAGAAAUUGAUAAAGAUGAAGUACCUGAUUUACCCGUAAUAGCUGCUGAAGUGUUUAAUGCAAUGCAAAUAGUUAUUUACUAUGAAGAACAGGAAAAUUCAGAGUCAAAUCUCUCUCUCAAAGAACUAGGAUUCUUAAGAAAUCUGCUUAAAGAAUAUAAAUGUACAAAUGAAAUAUCAAAAAACAAAAAAAAAUUACUAGUUUUUUUAAUUUUCAAGGUUCACAUUUUUAUGAUUCAUGUUCUCAAGAUACAUACCCUCAAGAUUUAUAUUUUUAAGAUCUGUAUUCCCAAGAUCUUCAAGAUUCAUAUUUCCAAAAUUCAUAUUUCUAAGAUUUAUAUUCCAAAAACUCCUAUUCCCAAGAAUUGA